AUGGACCGCAUAGAUGCACAUGAGGAUAGUGCAUUCGGCGAUUUCAAACUUGAGCAAGCCCUCGAAGGUCGAAGUCCCUCAGAGUUAACUCGGUGCAACGUGUUGCCAAGUCAUGAAUCUUGGAAAGGUCAAAAUUCCGAGUUCACAUCUUCUGCAGGUCACCCAAGCCACUCAAGCUUUUUGACCGACAUGAGUUCGCCGUUGGUCUUAAACGAGUCUUCUUCGGGCGGAGAGACAAGCACUUGUUCUGGUCCUGUUCUUCCCGUUCUUUCCACUACGGACCCUAAACCCAGCAGUGGCGUGUGCCUAAACUACUUGGAUCCAAACACAGUACAAAAUUUGGGAAUUCAAGCUUCUAAUUUUCAAAGCAGAACCGAUACUAGCGUCUAUGCCUGUCAUUGUGGAGAAGAGAGACUGCCAAUUACCACAACCAGUGGUCAAAGGUCACACCUUCCACAUGCUUUUCACAAUGCCUGGCCACAUGAGUCAACGGAACAUCUGAUGAACACCGCAAGGCCGCACCCGGAGUACCAUCCUUUGGAGUAUGGGUCUACAUGUGACCCGGUAUGCACACAUGAAAUUGAGGGCUCUAUUCGUCCAGCAUCAUACUCCGGAACUAUGAGUAAAAUUGAACCAGACACCCAAAACCCACUUUCACUCAACCACUAUGUGGAGCCUAUGGAUCCGGCUUAUCCUUACGUCUACUCAACGGAUAGUAUGCAGAAGCACCCUUCCUUCCAAAGCAUGUUUGAUGCCAAUCGGACGGGAAACAUGCCAGCCAGUUCGAUUACAAAUUACUGCACUUGCAUUGAUUGCACAUGGAACGAAAAGUUUAGUCCUCUUUCUGUUUUGACUCAACCUUGGCGAGACGUGAACAGAAUCUGCAGUUAUCCUGAUAGGACACAGCAGAACACACUCAAGCUAGGAAAGUACCCCUGCAAUCAAGUGGAACCCACAGAAGGGAAUUAUGGUACAAAAAAUCAUCUUAGCAACGCAUAUCCGUAUGAGUUGUCAUACUCGAAAUAUGAAUCUAUCACUCCUGUUCAUUCGGAUUCUAAUCCAAGGCUCCAUGACAUCCAUGAACCCUACCUAGAGGAAGCACCCACCUUCCCAAUGGCUGCACUUACAGACAGUCGUGUUACAAGAAGACUCCGGACCAACUGUCGUCAAUGGCAGUCGAGCACUCAAGUGGAAUCCAAACGCUGGUCCGGUGGGCAAACUAGAGUGACGCUCAAACAAUCGCCGAAUUUCGAGACUGAACAUCCACAGAAAUUGCCUAGUUCAACUACACUGACGCAGCUUUUACCACCGGUUCCGAUAGAUGGUGCCUGUUGUUGGUUGGACCUCAAAUCUCCUCCAUUUCAAGCGAUCAAUAUAUGUCCUAGCUUAUCUUUGAGUGAGAAUAACUCACACUGUCCUAUUCAACUCCGUCUUCGAGACUUAAAAGUGUGGUUGGAACUGUAUACCUUUGGAACGGAGAUGAUUGCCACAAAUACGGGAAGGAGAGUAUUCCCGUCGCUAUCACUUCAAGUGUCCGGUCUGGACCCCAACGAAGAAUACAUUUUUGCAUUGGAGAUGCUGUUGGUCAGACCUCACAUUUACAGACACCAAGCAGGACAGUGGGUGAUCAGUUCGCAAACGGACGAUAACAAACCAACAGAGCGAUCGUGCCAGGAGACUGUGUUCUUCAAACCUCUACCCAUGGACCAACCUGGUACGAGAGACUCUGUGAGUGUCGCGCGGACGCCUCCCAGUGUAGCUCAAUGGGUCGCCGAGGUACACAAACUGCCACACCACGGCAAACGUUUGUAUGUCCAAGAAGAUUCGCCAAAAUCCGGUGCCUACUGGAUGGAGUCUGGGGUCAAUUUCAGCAAGAUGAAGAUCACGAAUAGCAAGCUGCAGAAGAAUCCGUCAAUGAUUACUGUCAGCAGCAUGCGGCAGUACAUACCACGAUUUAGUGUUUUCCGUAUGACCAGAUCGCUGGUGAAUAACCUGGAUGGAUCUGGAUACCGAAUCAGCACCGCUGGCUGGAAGAACGCCCAAAACAUUCCGGAGCUUGUUGGAUCGUACGUCAUCCCUGGGACACAGUUCUAUACUGUGACUGCUUACCAAAAUCCCGAUGUGAUACGGGUGAAAAUAGACAACAAUCCGUUCGCGAAAGGCUUCCGAAAUCGAAAAUUUACGAACGAAUUCGAGGAUUUUAUCGGGACAAAGGCAGAUACCAUAAAAAAUUACGCGGAAAAUUCAUCGGUUCUAAAACAUUAA